AUGGUCCGCCACAAGAAGGACAACUUCUCCCGCGGCGGCAAGAAAUUCUCCUCCGCCCCGCGCUCUCGUCCCCCUCCUCCCCGCGGCGGCGGCGGCGUCGGCGGCGGUGAUGGCGACAGUGACACCGAGCAGGGCGGUUACUCUCGUCCUCCCUUCAAGGCUGCCUGCUGGGACAUGGGCCACUGCGAUCCGAAGCGAUGUUCCGGCAAACGAUUGAUGAAUUUCGGCCUGAUGCGUGAGUUGGCGAUCGGCCAGCGCUUUCCCGGUGUCGUGAUCUCGCCCAACGCCAAAAAAGUCGUCUCCCCCGCUGACAAGGACCUUAUGGAACAAUUCGGUGCUGCGGUGGUAGAAUGCUCGUGGGUGCGCACCAAGGAGGUCCCUUGGUCGAGAAUCGGGGGCAAGUGUGAACGAUUGCUCCCCUACCUCAUUGCCGCCAACACCGUCAACUACGGCAAACCUUGGCGUCUGAACUGCGUCGAAGCCCUGGCGGCCUGUUUCUGUAUCUGCGGCCACGAGGACUGGGCUCGCGAAGUCCUCAAACCCUUCCGCUACGGUGAGGCCUUCAUGGAGAUCAACGCCAAGCUUUUUAAGCGCUACGCUGCCUGUGCCGAUGAGGAGGAAGUGAAGCGCGCCGAGGAGGAUUGGCUCGCCAAGAUCGAGAGGGAGUACGAGGAGAGUCGGGCCACAGGUGCGGACGAUAUGUGGACCGUCGGAAACACGAACCGGAGGGCUGAGAGUGAUUCGGAGGAAGACGAUGAGGACAAAGAGGAUGAAGAGGAAGACGAGGAGGAGGAUAAGGAUCCGUUCGCCAUCUCGGAUGAUUCGGAGGAGGAAGAGCAGAUGGCUGCGAUCAGAGCGAAGAUCUUGAAUUCCAAGGCGUUCCAGAAUCCCGAGGUCGAGGAGAAGGUGAAGCCCGAGCGGAUCGCGAGACCCGAAGAAGAGACCAUUCCACAGCAGUUGAAAGAUGAUUCAGAUGCGGAGUCGGGGUCGGCCGAAGGCGGCAGUGAUGAUGAGGAGGAUGCUUUCGAUAACAUCAUCAAUGCCACGCCUGUGACGGAUCGCACGGGCAUUAUCGCGGCUCAGAAAAAGAAGCAGCGGGAGACGGUCAGUGCCUCCUUUUCGAGGACGGUGGUCGAUGCGCCUAAAAGGUGGUAG